AUGGAGACCCUGCCCCAGGAAGUUGUCGACCAAAUCGCCUCCAAUCUGUAUCGAUCGGAUCUGAAGAACCUCUUGUUACUGUCACCGAAGCUCCACAUGGCGGCGGAGAAGUACUCUGAGGGAUUCACGAAGUGUAGGCUGCAACGCAAGGACCUAGACGAUUUCGUCGAGAAGUUCCGCGGGCCACGCUUCUGUUGGCUCCACGAGCUGGAAUUCGACUUGGGGCCGCCUGGGAAUCCGGCAGACGACGACAAGAUUCACGGCCAUGACCUCUCAGACCAGAUCCACGCGCUCUUCAACGCGCUGAAAACCCUUGAGGACGCCGACGCGCCGCAGGGCACCAUACAACUAAAGAUCAUCAGCUCCGGCCGGCCCGGCUACGAGUCUACCGAGCCAACUGCAGGCUGCUGCUAUGUUCGUCUGGAACGCCCGCAGAAGCUGCCGGUACUUCAAAGCAUAGGAUCCUUGUACAUCGGCCCCCCUGAAAAUCAGCAGGCAUCAAACUGCAAUCCUAAGCUUGCGUUGAGAACGCCGCUGGACCUGUCGUCGAAGCUGCCGAAUCUACGGAUGACACGCUUCGACCUCGCGGACGAGCACGACUGCGACGCGGAGACGGAAAGCGCACGAGUCGAGGCAAGAGAAGACUUCGCGCGAGCCGUCGGGGCGACGACGACGACGCUGCAGACGAAACGGGCCGAGAUCAUCUUCCAGGGGAGAAAGGCCCACGAACUCCUCGACCACGACUCCGCGAUGCCCAAUCUCGUCCGAGCCGGCCCCGGAGACGACCUGUUCAGCUCAAGCCUCCGGGUCCUCUGCCGUCACCUCACCCAGCUGCAACUCACCGCCGUCAUCGACAAGUCGUUUUUCUGGCCCGGGGACGGACGGGGCGAUGUCUGGCCCAAUAUGGAGUCGCUGGAGGUCAAGUUCCACCCGGCCACGCCUGCGGGGUCCUGGUACUUUAUGGGGCCGCGCGGGGAGGGCAGAGGCGUCCAGGGAUAUCCCGUCGACGGUGUCGAGUACUCUGGCGAGGGCAGGGCGGCCGAGGGCGAUACCAUCGUCAUGGGCCACGCGCCCUGCCGGCCGUCGGGAUGGCGCGUCCAGCCCAACCCGGACACGCUGUAUCCGUUCCUCGCCGCGUUCGCCAAGGCGGCGGCGAAGAUGCCGCGGCUGAAGGAGGCCAUGAUAUGGUCGCCCAUCUGGUGGUCGCCGGGGAGCCACGCCAGGUCGAGGUUCGCGUACCACAGCGCGUUUGACAUGAUCCACAACCAGCGACCGCUGGGGUGGGGGAUCGGAUACAACGCGCCCGAGAGCGAGGAGGAGUCCGGGGCGCCGGCAUCAGACGACGAGAACGUCCGGAUAUUCGAAUGGCGAACGGGCAGCUGGGAGCCGGACGAGACGAUGAAGGACCUCUUCCAUGAGAUUGGGCGAGAGGAGCAUGGCGAGGAGUAUGACGACGAUUGGGACCCCGGCGCGAACCAGGAAGACUUGUUCUUCGAAGGGUUCUGUUUUGGGAAAACGCUCGACUGA